ACCUUUAUCGGCGACUUCUGUGUGAUAUGCGUCCGGCUCCCCCAGCAGAGCGCGAGCGGUCCUCUCUAGGGCGGGGCCCGGUCAGCCUCGCUGUCCGCGGGGCGCCCGGUGCCGCACGGGGCACACAGAAGGCGUCAGUAAAUGCCGGGUGAAUGAAUGAAUGAAUGAACGAACGAAUGCGGCCGUCCUCUCCUCGGCCCAGCCUCAUCGGCCCCGGGCCACCCUCACGCCCACCCCACGGACUGAGGCGUACGCACACCCAGCACGUAUUUAUUGGGCGCCUACUUGGUACUGGGCUUUGGGCUAGGGAAGACAGACUCCCAGCCCCCUGCAGAGGUCGCUGCCUGAAGUUAGUGGGGACAUUUUGGGACUUUUAAAUUAUGUAGGUCCCCAUAGCACAAAUAAUGUAGAAAAAUGACAGCAAGAGGGUGGGAGAGGCCUCUCCAACUGGUGGCAUCUGAUCUAAGACCUGAAGAGCUUACUGAAGUGGGAGUGUGGGCUCUGAGAACUGGGAGGCUGGGGGGAAAGCGUGACCACGGGAGCAGCCAAGAUCCCUCGUACUCACAGUGACGUUUUCGGGUCCAGGGCAAAAUCUGCUCCGCUUGGGCUCAUUGAGUCGUGUAAAGAGGGCCACAUGCUUCAGUGCAUCUGUUUGUUCAGCCAGCGGUCACUGAGCAUCUGUCGUGGGCCAAGCCUCUUGUGGCCGGACGGGGCAUGAGGCCCCGGUAGCACGCCGUGGACCGGGAGUGUGCCGCUGCCACGCAUGGUUCGGCCCCUCAGUGACUGCAGUAGCCCGAACCGCCACCAUGGUGAAGCUGCUGGUGGCCAAAAUCCUUUGCAUGGUGGGCGUAUUCUUCUUCAUGCUGCUUGGCGCCCUGCUCCCCGUGAAGAUCAUCGAGACGGAUUUUGAGAAGGCCCAGCGCUCUAGGAAGGUCCUGUCGCUCUGCAACACCUUUGGAGGCGGGGUCUUCCUGGCCACGUGCUUCAAUGCUUUGCUGCCCGCCGUGAGAGAAAAGCUCCAGAAGGUUCUGAGUCUCGGGCACAUCAGCACCGACUACCCGCUGGCAGAGACGCUCAUGAUGCUGGGCUUCUUCCUGACCGUGCUCCUGGAGCAGCUCGUCCUGACGUUCCGCAAGGAGAAACCAUCGUUCAUCGACCUGGAGACCUUCAACGCCGGCUCAGACGCCGGCAGCGACUCAGAGUAUGAGAGCCCCUUCAUGGGGGCCGCACGGGGCCACACGCUCUACGCAGAACCCCGCGCCCACAGCCACGGGCUGAGCAUCCAGGAGCUGUCGCGCUCCAGCCCCCUGCGCCUCCUCAGCCUGGUCUUCGCACUGUCGGCCCACUCGGUCUUCGAGGGCCUGGCCCUGGGCCUGCAGGAGGAGGGCGAGAAGGUAGUGAGCCUGUUCAUGGGCGUGGCCAUCCACGAGACGCUGGUGGCCGUGGCCUUGGGCAUCAACAUGGCCCGGAGCUCCAUGCCCCUGAGGGACUCGGCCAAGCUGGCCGUCACCGUGAGCGCCAUGAUCCCCCUGGGCAUCAGCCUCGGCCUGGGCAUCGAGAGUGCCCAGGGCGUGCCCAGCAGCGUGGCCUCCGUGCUACUGCAGGGCCUGGCGGGCGGCACCUUUCUGUCCGUCACCUUCUCGGAGAUCCUGGGGAAGGAGCUGGAGGAGAAGAAUGACCGUCUGCUCAAGGUCCUCUUCCUGGUGCUGGGCUACGCCGUGCUGGCCGGCGUGGCCCUCCUCAAGUGCUGAGCGUCCCGAGCCCUCGGGGAGCCCUGGGCCAGACGCGAGGGGACCUCAGGUGCCCGGCCUCCGCCCGCGCGCGAAGGGGCCUGGGACCAGGCCGUGCCCCAGACCCUACGCCCCCAGCCUCGGGGCUCCACUACUACUUGUAAAAAUAUUUCUGUUAAAGUUAUUUCCCACA